UUGUGAGUGUAAUAAAAGUUUUGGGUGUUGUUCAGGGGUGGGUCUCGGAGAAGGGCUAAGCUUGUGCGGGACUUGUACAGACAUGGGCUCGGUAGACUACGUGGGUGCUUCCCGCCCGGUUGUGAAGAAGGAAGCCGGUGCUGUUGAAGUCGGGUUGUCGAGCGGCGGGAUAGCUGGUUUUCGUCUGGAAGUCUUCGGAUCGCCGCAACCUGUACUGCGAUGGGACCCUGGUGCUGGUCAGAAGACGGGCGCGGUGGUCUCCCCAGACGCGAGCGCCGCCACCCCGUACAGCAAGUCUAUGUGGCGGCGGUACCGUACCAUGAGCGGGCCUCCCUCGGGGACAUACAGGCCCCCACCCCCGCCUGAGCCGGACCGCACGCCCGGGCUCUGGAAGGGGUACGGCCAGAUGUUCUCAGGAGACUACGAGUCGUACGACUACGGAGCCUACCAUGCUUGGUUGGCGGACAGGUACAACUACCAGUGGUCCCGGGACUACUCGCACCACGGCCCGCCCGACGCCCACCCCCGCUGGCGCAGCCACCGCAAGGACGUCUGGAUAGACGACAAGGAACCUUCCCGUGUGCCUCUGCGCCAGCAGGUUCUCGAGACCCAGGACGAGAUUGACCGCUCGUACACGUACGAAUGGAAGCGGUACCUGGAGUCGAGCUGCCGCGCCACUCCCCGUGGCCGAGACUACUCCUGGCUGCACGAGAGUCCCCGCACGGCGACCCGCCAGGCCCUCAUGGACCACCCCGCCACCUUCCUGCACCGCCCCAGGCCCAAGUGCAUCGUGGUGCAGGGGAACGAGGCUUACUUCACCUGUGCCGUGGAAGGCAGUCCCGAGCCUACCAUAGAGUGGCUGAAGGAAGAUCAGCCUAUAAAGAUUGACGGAGAGAAGUACAAAGUGAACCUGGCGCAGGGCGUCUGCACGCUGUACGUCAGAGAAUGUGACGUGGAUGACGCAGGCACGUACACAGCCGUGGUCACCAACCAGCUGGGAUCCACCAGCUGCAACACUGUGCUGCAAGUGGCAGAGUCGACCGACGAUUUGUGGACGCAGCCUGACUGGUGCAUCAUGGGAGGCCUGGUGGGGAAGCCGAUGAAGAAGAAAGAGAAGAAGGAGGAACCUCCACCCCCUCCUCCCCCUGAACCUGAGCCCGAGCCCCCCAGGGAACCCACCCCACCGCCGGAGCCCAAGGAACCGAAGAGGACACGGUCGCUGUUUGACGAGAAUCUGAGGAAAGAGUUUGUUGCUAAGGAACGGGAGGAGGCAAGGAUUGAGGUCACUUUUACAGGAGACGUCCCGGAUGAAGUGGUCUGGGAACAGAUGGGGAAACUAGUCGCCGAGAGCAAAACUAAAGGGAUCAGUUUUGAACGAGACGGCAACACUUUCGCCCUGGUUAUCAAGGACGCAACUUUGAAGGAUGCAGGCGAAUAUACUUGUGUUGCGAGGGACAAGUGGGGAACGAACAAGCAGGCUUUCAGGCUUACGAUGAAAAAGGGCGGCGUGCGUAAGCUGGCCAAGCCUGAGUGGUUUCUGGUGCCGGAGUCCAUCUCUGUCGCCAAGGGCUCCUCAGCUAAAUUCUACGCCGAGGUGGAUGCCGCACCGGCCCCAACAAUUGACUGGGUCCACAAGAAGAAGACACUGAUGGGAGGAGGCCUGUACACGAUCGAGCACAAAGGCCGUGUGUACAAACUGGAGAUAGGGAAGGUCACAGAACGCGAGGCUGGGGACUACAAGGUCGUCGCACACAACUCCAUGGGUGAGAUCAGCAGUGACUUCAAACUCGAGCUCAAGUGACGUCACUUCCGUUUCCGUUGAUUCAUUGGACUGCGCUAUCUUCUUCCACUUAAAAAGAAGAAAAAAACUAGAGAGACAUAAUAAUCAUAUUACACUGGGACAUUUCGUCCACGCUUUCAGUUUUGAAGAGAUUGACCUGAACGGCAGCGAUAGCGCUUUGUAAAGUCGUUAGGAAAGAGAAUUUGGUUUAGCACAAUAAUAAUAUUCCACCGUGUAACUUGACUUAAGACAGUUAUCGUGAAGGCUUAGAUUUGUUGAGAUUGACCUACCAGCUCGACGUGUUACUGUAUCAGUGUUAACUUGUGGGAACCGUUUUGUAUUUUGAAGUUUUCGGUAUUAACAUAUAGACUUGUACAAGUAAACACGGAUGAGAAAUGUAGAACAUAGAAUUAUACUAGCUAUAGAUACCCAUUGCAACAGUAGAAGAGAAACGUAACUAUCAUUUA